AUGAAUUCGAAAAUGGAGUUCACCGACCGUGCCAAGAAGGCGUUGGAGGACGCCAUGGUGCUGGCCGAGCAGUACGCCCACUCCCAGCUUCUACCGCUGCAUCUCGCCGUUGCUCUCCUCGACCCUCUCCCCGACCAGAGCAAAGACCAGCAGAAUGCCCCCCCAGGCACGACGAGUUCCCUCUUCCGCCAGGUUAUUGAGCGGGCCCACGGUGACCCUCAGCUCUUCGACCGCUCUCUCAAGAAGAGUCUCGUCCGGCUCCCGAGCCAGGACCCGCCACCUGACCAGGUCUCGAUGGCGCCCUCCUUCAACAACAUACUACGCAAAUCGAUGGACCUGCAGAAGGUGCAGAAGGACACGUACAUUGCUGUCGAUCAUCUGAUCACCGCCCUGUCGGAGGAUCACUCGAUCCAGAACGCACUCAAGGAAGCCAAUAUCCCCAAGCCGAAGCUCAUCCAGGAUGCCAUCACGACCAUCCGUGGCACCAAGCGCGUCGAUUCACGCAACGCCGACACCGAAGAGGAGAAUGAGAACCUCGCUAAGUUCACUAUCGACAUGACGGCGAUGGCCAGGGAAGGCAAGGUUGACCCGGUCAUCGGACGUGAGGAAGAAAUUCGCCGCGUCAUUCGCAUCCUUUCUCGCCGAACCAAGAACAACCCGGUGCUGAUCGGUGAGCCCGGUGUGGGCAAGACGACCGUUGUCGAGGGUCUCGCCCAGCGUAUCGUCAACUCCGAUGUCCCUGAUAAUCUAGCAGCCUGCAAGCUCCUUUCCCUCGAUGUGGGUGCCUUGGUGGCUGGUAGCAAGUAUCGCGGCGAGUUCGAAGAGCGUAUGAAGGGGGUCCUGAAGGAGAUUCAGGAAUCUAAGGAGAUGAUUGUUCUCUUCGUCGACGAGAUCCAUCUCCUCAUGGGCGCUGGUUCAUCUGGUGAGGGCGGCAUGGAUGCGGCCAACUUGCUUAAGCCCAUGCUCGCUCGCGGUCAGCUGCACUGUAUUGGCGCUACCACAUUGGCUGAGUACCGCAAGUACAUCGAGAAGGACGCCGCUUUCGAGCGUCGUUUCCAACAGGUCCUCGUCAAGGAGCCGUCGAUCCCCGAGACGGUCUCCAUUCUUCGUGGGCUCAAGGAGAAGUACGAGGUCCACCAUGGUGUCAACAUUGCCGAUGCCGCCAUCGUCGCCUCUGCAAACCUUGCUGCUCGUUAUCUUACUUCUCGGCGUCUCCCUGAUUCGGCCGUUGAUCUUAUCGAUGAGGCGGCCGCGGCUGUACGAGUCGCCCGGGAGUCACAGCCCGAGGUAAUUGACUCUCUCGAGCGUCGCUUGCGGCAGCUCAAGAUCGAAAUUCAUGCACUCGGCCGUGAGAAGGACGAUGCCUCGAAGGCCCGCCUCGCUCAGGCGAAGCAGGAUGCUGAGAACGUCGAGGAGGAGCUUCGACCGCUGCGCGAGAAAUAUGACCGCGAGCGUCAGCGCGGUAAAGAUAUCCAGGAGGCCAAGUUGAAGCUAGAGAACCUCCGGGUCAAGGCUGAGGAUGCCAGCCGGAUGGGCGACCACAGCCGUGCCGCCGACUUGCAAUACUACGCCAUUCCCGAACAAGAGCAGGUCAUCCGGCAGCUCGAGAAGGAGAAGGCCGCCGCCGACGCAGCAUUGAACCAGAGCGGGGCUGAUUUGGGCGGUUCCAUGGUGACCGACGUCGUCGGGCCAGACCAAAUCAACGAGAUUGUCGCCCGCUGGACCGGCAUUCCCGUGACUCGCCUCAAGACGUCGGAGAAGGAGAAGCUGCUGCAGAUGGAGCGCGCGCUUGGCAAUAUCGUGGUCGGCCAAAAGGAGGCAGUCCAAUCCGUGUCCAACGCCAUCCGAUUGCAGCGGUCUGGCCUGGCCAACCCGAACCAGCCGCCGAGUUUCCUCUUCUGUGGUCCCUCGGGUACCGGCAAAACUCUUCUCACCAAGGCACUGGCGGAGUUCUUGUUUGACGAUGCCAAGGCCAUGAUCCGCUUCGACAUGUCCGAGUACCAGGAGAGGCACUCGCUCAGCCGUAUGAUUGGUGCACCUCCUGGAUACGUCGGUCACGACGCGGGCGGGCAGCUGACGGAAGCCCUUCGCCGGAAGCCUUUCUCUAUCCUGCUUUUUGACGAGGUUGAGAAGGCGGCAAAGGAGGUGUUGACGGUGCUGCUGCAGUUGAUGGACGAUGGCCGCAUCACGGAUGGACAGGGCCGCAUGAUUGACGCCAAGAACUGCAUCGUGGUCAUGACAUCCAACUUGGGCGCCGAGUACCUGGCGCGCCCGAACGGCAAGGACGGCAAGAUUGACCCCACGACGCGCGAGCUCGUCAUGAACGCGCUGCGCAACUAUUUCUUGCCUGAGUUCCUCAACCGUAUCUCGUCCAUCGUCAUCUUCAAUCGGCUGACGCGUCGCGAGAUUCGCAAAAUUGUCGACCUGCGCAUCAGCGAGAUCCAGAAACGGCUUGCUGACAACGACCGUAAUGUCCUUAUCCGCGUGUCGGAAGCCGCCAAAGACAAGCUUGGCGCCGCUGGCUACUCGCCCGCCUACGGCGCUCGGCCUCUACAGCGUCUGCUCGAGAAGGAGGUCCUUAACCGCAUGGCCAUCCUCAUCUUGCGCGGAAGCAUCCGUGACGGUGAGGUCGCCAAUGUCGACGUUGUCGACGGCAAGGUCACGGUCCUCCCUAACCACCAGGACAGCGAAGGCGAGGACGAGGAUAUGCUGGUGGACGAGGACGAAGCAUUGGAUGAGCUGGCUCCAGAUUCAAUGGAUGAAGAUAUUUAUGACUGA